AUGGUGCCAACAGCACCCCUUGCGUUUACUGACUCGAAGGGCGAAUGGAUGUCGCAAAAUAGCCAUGGCUCCGAACAAAAGCCUCUCAAUCGUCUCUCCGACGUCCUCGACGAUGUCGUCCAGAAUGUCAAUAGAUGCCGGGGCCCUAAAGUGGCCCAAACUGGUGGGGACGAUGUCUUGCUCGGCGGAAAUGGUCCUCUAUUAUACCAUCAGACCGAGCGCUCCAAGAUUCUCGAAAUGAGUAUCUUUCUCCAGGAGACUGCCACAAAGCCCCUCAAAAUGAGUGAAUGA